GGCUGCAGCGGGCCGCCCAUGGCAUGCGGCUGGGUGACGGUGCCGUGCGACUGCAGGAGGAGGUGAAGGUGAAGAUGAAGGAGCUGAACGAGCACAUCGUGUGCUGCCUGUGCGCCGGGUACUUCAUCGACGCCACCACCAUCACCGAGUGCCUGCACACCUUCUGCAAGAGCUGCAUCGUGAAGUACCUGCAGACCAGCAAGUACUGCCCCAUGUGCAACACCAAGAUCCAUGAGACGCAGCCGCUGCUCAACCUGAAGCUGGACCGCGUCAUGCAGGACAUCGUGUACAAGCUGGUGCCCGGCCUGCAGGAGAGUGAAGAGAAGAGGAUCCGGGAGUUCUACCAGUCCCGUGGCCUCGACCGGGUGACGCAGCCCAGCGGCGACGACAUGGUGGGGGGUGACCCCAUGGGGCUGCCCUACAGCACCUUCGACCAUUCCCGUGCCCACUACUUCCGCUACGAUGAGCACGUCUCGCUGUGCCUGGAGAAGCAGAGCUCCAGUAAGGACAAGAGCAAGGCCGUUCUGCAGCAGAAGUACGUGAGGUGCUCCGUGCGGGCGCAGAUCCGGCACCUGCGGAGGGUCCUGUGCCACCGCCUGGGGCUGCCGCUGCAGCACGUGCAGAUCCUGUUCAACGGCGAGGCGCUCCCCGACCACAUGACGAUGAAGCAGCUCUGGCUCUCACGCUGGUUUGGCAAGCCUGCACCGCUCCUGCUGCACUACAGCAUCAAGGACAAGUGGAGGUUGGGGCGGGGGGCGGGUGCUGCCCCCCCCCCCCCGCAGCACAGCCCUGCUCCUGCCCCCCCUUCCCCCCCUUUAACUUAA